AUGUGCAAUUCGGAGGAAGCUGCUGAUAACUAUUGUUUUUCACAUAAAUUAUUUGAAUUUGGGGGGUGGGGACGGGUGAAGCUGGGGGUGUAUAUUUUAAUUGGUUUAAAAAAAGAAGUUAGCUAA